CCUUCCACCACAACAGACCUUGAAGUGCUAGAGGGAGAGAAGAGAAACUCUUUCAUUGGAGUGAGAAAUUGAAGUCCCCUUGUGUUCCCCCAUCUCAAGAAACGCCAUGGAUUCUCAGAUCUAUGGUGUCUCCAACUUCAAGCACUUGAUCAUGUUAAUGUUUCUUUCACUUAUGAUUACAAGAAGCGCUACAUUGCAAGACAACCCAGUAACAAAACACCCAACCUCACCCCAGAUCAACUCCAACUCUGUCUUGGUGGCUCUUCUUGAUUCACACUACACUGAACUUUCCGAGCUCGUUGAGAAGGCCCUUUUGCUUCAAACCCUCGAGGAAGCUGUGACAGUCCACAAUAUCACCAUUUUUGCUCCGAGAAAUGAAGCUUUGGAACGUGACCUUGACCCAGAGUUCAAACGGUUCUUACUUGAGCCUGGAAAUCUCAGGUCCCUUCAGAAUCUGUUGCUCUCCCACAUUAUUCCAACUCGUUUUGGGUCCAAAGAAUGGCCAAUCGAAACAUCGAGAAUAGUUCAGCACAAUACUCUCUGUGAUGGUGACAAUGACCACUUGGUCUUGGCUCUGCACAAAACCGGCGAAAAACUUGUGGGUCUGGGCAAAUUGAUUCGCCCAGAUGACGUUGUUAGGCCAGAUGGUAUUAUUCAUGGAAUCGAAAGGGUCUUGAUUCCGAGAUCAGUUCAAGAAGAUUUCAACCGGAGAAGAAGCUUGAGAUCAAUUUCUGCUGUGUUACCGGAGGGUGCACCGGAGGUGGACCCAAGAACUCACCGGUUGAAGAAACCGGCGAGCCCUGUCCCAGUUGGGUCACCUCCUGUUCUACCCAUUAUUGACGCCAUGGCACCUGGACCGUCUCUGGCUCCGGCGCCGGCUCCGGGACCCGGGGGACCCCACCACCACUUCGACGGUGAAACCCAAGUGAAGGAUUUCAUCCAAACUUUGCUCCAUUAUGGUGGGUACAAUGAAAUGGCUGACAUUUUGGUGAACUUGACUUCCUUAGCUACCGAGAUGGGAAAGUUGGUCUCCGAAGGGUACGUAUUGACCGUUUUAGCACCGAACGAUGAGGCCAUGGCUAAGCUCACUACCGAUCAGUUGAGUGAACCCGGUGCGCCGGAGCAGAUAAUGUAUUACCAUUUGAUACCGGAGUACCAAACGGAGGAGAGUAUGUAUAAUUCGGUGAGGAGGUUUGGGAAGGUUAGGUAUGAUACUUUGAGGGUGCCACAUAAGGUUUUGGCUGAGGAGGCUGAUGGGUCAGUGAAAUUUGGGCAAGGGGAGGUUUCAGCCUACUUGUUUGAUCCGGAUAUUUAUACAGAUGGGAGGAUCUCUGUGCAGGGAAUUGAUGGGGUGUUGUUUCCGGUGGAGGAAAAAGCACCGGCGGCGAAAGCUACGCCGGUGGUUAAGGUGGCUGCGAAGCCUAGGAGAGCUUUGGCAGGGAAAUUGCUGGAAGUGACAUGUAGAAUGCUUGGUGCUUUUGGACAGGAUUCUCAUUUCUCUACCUGUCAUUGAAAUUACACCCUCAAAAAAUCCCAGGAGAGAGAAAAACGAAACCCUGCAAUGCACAAAUUUUUGGAUGGCAUGAGUAGAUAAAUGGAGGAGGUGCUUGUAUUGAAGUAUUUUCUACAAAUCCCCAUGAAAGAUGAAAGAGGGAAGAGGAAAUUUCUUGUUAUUUUGUUACAUAUACUGUAAUUACUUAUCAUUUUUUAUUGUAUUUAUUCCUGCUUCACCAGACAGUGUAUGCACAGUAAUGAAAGUCCAUCUCAGUCGGUUCCUGGUUUGCUAUUUUUGCUUCUUUGCGCAUCCAUUUCUUCUUCAAUCUGUUCCUCGCAUAGUACUAUUUUAUGGGUUACUACCUUGAGAAACCUCGAGCGCUGUCUUUUUGAUUCAGUACACAUAGUUUGUGUGCGAUUGUAUACAUUUUGAGCUUACUGCCACAGCUAUGAGUUCAAUGGGUAUGUUGAAAAUGAUAGUUUUUCCAUUGUUCGUGUUCUCUUGUGUAUGGAAUGC